AUGAGUUUAGACACGCUCUUUAAACAGAUCCUCCUAACUGAACAACAGUUAACUGAGCAGACACAAAAACUCAAAGACGUCAAAACAGCCAUCAGCAGAUGCAAUGAGAGGAUCAAGAGCACCACUGGCAAGUGUGAAAGGACCAGUGAGGAAAUUGAUAUAAAGGCUCAGCAGUUGUCCGCGAUGAGACUGCAGCGUGACCUGAUGAAGAAAUGUGAAGACCAGAUGUUGAAGCAAAUUGAGGAGCUGCUCUGCCAGAACAGUCAACUCAGUGAACGUCUGGCCAAGAUAAAGUGGGAGUGUACAGAAGAAGAGAAAAACUUCCUUCAGGAGAUCUCGAGGUUCAACAGUGACUUCAGUCUUCGAGGAAACAGAGGGGUAGUGUUCGAGAGCCAAACACACACUGAGAUCCUGGACCUGGAGAGGGAGGUGGACUCAUUAUACAAAGAGAUGGAGCUGAUGAGCCGCGGGAACAGUCACAUGAACGCCGUGCAGCAGGAGAAGAGAGCGCUCCAGCUCCAACUGCAGGGCCUGGAAAACAUCCAGAAAGAGCUGGAUCAGCAGUUGAUUGAGGCUGAAGCGGUGACAGAAUCUCUGCGAGCUGAGAGCCUGUUUGUCAGUCAGAAACCUCGCACUGACAGCACCUGUCUGAGGCUGAGGAAGGAGCUGGAGAUGCAUAAAGAGGGAGAGCUGGAGUUCCUGCGAGAGGUGCUCAGCUCAGAAAUACAACUCCUGAAGACGAAGCUGGACAGCAGCCAGGAAGUGAGUGGGCGGCAUUAGGUCUGGCACAAUGAUGAGACAGGGAUACAGGUUACAUCAGUUCGCUGAUUGUCUCGUCUGGUCAAAAACAAACAUGAAUAUGAAUAGAGG